AUGAAGUCCGGAUGUGAUCCCCGCGGGAGAUCCCAUCCCUGGCACCGGCGACCCUGGACGUGGAGCCGUCUCCGUGGCUGGGCUCUGCUGUGCUUGGGCCUCUGCUGCGGGAAGGCGACGGGGGUGGCAACACCUGAUCAGGUGAAACCCAUCAUCACCAUGGAGCAGUUGCUGUGGGUGAGCGGCGGCGUGAUUGGGGAGGUGAACACGUUCAGGGUUCCCCUAAUCGCAGCGACACCUCGGGGCACCCUCCUGGCCUUUUCCGAGGCCCGGAAGCACUCUGCCUACGACGCCGGGGCUAAAUUCAUCGCCCUUCGCAGAUCGCAAGACAAAGGAGCCACCUGGAGUCCUACUUCGUUCAUAGUCGACGACGGUUCCCUGGUGGACGGUCUCAACCUUGGGGCUGUGGUGGUUGACGCAGAAGAAGACAUUGUGUUCCUGAUCUACACUCUCUGUGCCCACUACAACCAAUGCCCCGUCUCGAGCACUAUGAUCAUUCGCAGCCGUGACGACGGGGUCACAUGGAGCGUUCCCAGGAACCUCUCUAAGGAGGUUGGCACGACCAUGUUUGCCCCUGGGCCGGGCUAUGGCAUCCAGAAACGUUACGAGCCGAAGAAGGGCCGCUUGAUUGUCUGUGGCCACGGGACGAUAGCCCGGGAUGGGAUCUCCUGUCUCCUCAGUGACGACCACGGUUUGACGUGGCGAUACGGGCGGCAGCCCCUGCAUGGCAUCCCUUUUGGCGGCAUCAAACUUCUCAGUGACUUCAAUCCUGAUGAAUGCCAGCCCUAUGAGCUGCCAGAUGGAUCUGUGGUGAUCAACGCCCGGAACCAGAACUUCUACCACUGCAGUUGCCGGAUAGUGGUGCGCAGCUAUGAUGCCUGCGAUACCCUUCCGCUGGAGAACGUGACCUUUGACCAGACCUUGGUGGAUCCAGCUGUGGCUGCGGGGGCCCUCGUCAAGUCAGGCCUCGUCUUCUUUACCAACCCGGCCCACGAGAGAGAACGGGUUAACCUGACGCUGCGCUGGAGUUUCACCAAUGGCUCGUCGUGGUGGAAGGAGGCCUUGCAGAUCUGGGGCGGGGCCAGCGGCUACUCCUCCAUGACGGCCUUAGACGGGACGGCGCCCGACGACGCCCACAGCGUCUUCGUCAUUUACGAGAAGGGCCGGUUCAAGACCACCGAGAGCAUCUCCGUGGCCAAGAUCAGCAUCAACGGGAAGCUGUGACCACGCAGGGUGUCCGCGACGAGAU